CUGAGGAGGGCAGUAAUUCGCCAAGAAGCGUUUAUACACUGCCGGGAAUGUGAAAGAAGAAGACGAAGAAGGAGGUGGGGGGGAGAAGAAGAAGAAGAAGAAGAAGAAGAAGAAGAAAAAGUAACACUCGGAAAUCAGACCACGCGAUCGACACAUUGUUGUGAUUAUCGCGUGAAAAUGUGUAAAGUGGAGAUGCUGAGAGCAUUGUUGAAUCAGCGACUAAGUGCGGCUGUCGAGGAAGUGUAUGUAGUGAUUGAAAGAACGAUAGCCGAGUACGAGGAGGAACUUUGCCGCACGAAGAAAGAAAACGAGAGACAGCGUCAACUGCUGGACGCUGUUUUCAAGGCUCACGUGGUGUUACAAAGAACAGACUUCAGUGAUGACUUUCUUCCCCAGCCCCAAGACAUGAAAGAGGAGGUAGAGCCAGAACCCUCCCGCUUUAAAAAGGAAGCUGAGGACGCCUGGAUCGGUCAGGAAGAAGAGCAGCAUGUUGGUCUUGAGGACGCAGAGAUCAGCAAGUUGCCAUUGGCUGCUGUCACGAUGACGAGUGAAGAUGAUGAAAAAGACUGCAAAGGAGACACCGGUGAAGGCUCGGAAAUACACACUUUCUUAGCUCCAUUGUUGAGCAGUGAGGACACAACAUCACCCCCUCCCGACUCAAUCAAAAGUGAUUCGAACAAGCCCGAGCAAUCCUCUGAAUGUGGGGAAAUUUCUGGUGGCACGUGUACGCUGACUGAACACAUGAGGGUUCACACGGGAGAAAAAGCAUUCCGAUGCUCAGAUUGCGACAAAAGCUUCAAAGAGAAAAGCGCUUUAAUGCGUCACAACGUGCUGCACAGCAGAGAGAAGCCCUACACCUGCUCGGUGUGUGGGGAAAAAUUCUCACCGAAGUUGGAUUUAGCAACGCAGGCAAGAACACACACCGGACAAAAACCUUCCACGUGUGCAGUGUGCUGCCUGCGAUUAACGCAAAGGUCAGAUUUGACCGCGCACGUGACAAUGCACGCUGGGGAGAAGCCGUUCACCUGCUUCUUCUGCAACGGACAAUUCUCUCUCAAGGCUGACUUGACCGAACAUGUGACGGUACACGCAGGAGACAAACCGUAUUCCUGCUAUUGCUGCCAACAACGGUUUCGCACGCGUGCGGGAUUUGUUUCACACAUGAAAACGCACACUGCGAAGAAAGCUCUGGACGGCUCCACAGGUACGCUCGGCGCGGCGAAACGUUUCCCCUGCUCAGUGUGUGGCAAAAUACUAACACGAAAUUCCGAUUUGAGGAGACACAUGAGAAGGCACACGGGUGAAAAAGUGCUGAGUUGCAGUGUGUGCGGCCAGAGAUUUUCUUACAAGUAUCAGCUGGACAAGCACACGUGUGCAGGAGAGAGCAGUCAAACUGCGGAGGUUUGAAAAAAAAGCUGAAAAGUAGCCUCGCAAUGUUAUCAUUUUCCAAAAUGACAUAUUUCCGAAAUUCUUCAACUUAACUUCCCACGCGGGGCUCUUGAUUGCCCCUCAAUGUUGCCAUUUUACUUCUAAAACUUGAAACGGCGCAAGUAAAAUUUUCAUUCACAUGCGUAUGAGCUACAAGUAAAUUUGGGGCUCCCUCGCGAGGCCGUAAGCCCGCGUGCUGGCAUCUAAUAUUGCCCAUUAGGUGGCACCGUUGCUGAUCUCAAAGUUCAUUUCAAGCAAAUUAUAUUCAAAGUAUUGGCUCCAGCAUUAAGUCAUAUAUGACGCUGUCAUUUUUUUUUUUAUCUUAUUCUUUUUUAUCCCUUGCGCGUGUUGCCGUCUUUAUUUCGCUAUUAUUUUUUUAGUAGAUUGUUGCCAUGGAUAUUGAAAAUAUGUUCUCAAACUGUAUUUGUUGUAUUUACACUGCGAUGUACUACUUGGUAAUGUGAAAUAAAAAGUGUAAGU